UCUCUAUGUGAGGUAUAAAGAGACCCAAAGUUCCUCCGUUGUUCACAUAAAUAAAUGCCGUAUCAUUCACUCCUUGCUGUUUCUGUCUCGAAGCAAUCGCCAUUUUUAAUUCACAUCUUAAUCUAAAAAUCCCCACAAAAAAACACCCACCAUUCCCUCUUCCAUUUGCCCAAUGCCCUCAACUAAAAGACAACAAAUAUAGACGCUUAAAAUUAAUCACUCCCAUGGCCACUGCUGCCACAACAACCACGAAAGCUCAGCACAUUAAAGUCCAAGCUCAGCCCAUCAAGCCCAAACGCCGUAAAUACCGUGAAACCACCAUUUCCUCCUCUGCCUCCGCCACCACAAAUAAUAACUCUGGGUCUGCGUACUUGGCCCAAACCCGGAAACUUGACCCACCAACUAUAGUCUCCCCAGACAACACUUGGUGCUGUCCAGCUUCUAAACCUCUCCCACCUCCACCUCCUCCACCACCAUCGCCACCUCCGCAAAAAACCCGUUUGCCCAUCAACCCGAGUCCUCAACUCGAUUCGGUUACAACUUUAUCUUCAAAAUUCAAGAUCCAGUUGUCUCCAGGAAGUCUGUCACCGGUCAUGGACUUUACAACAACAACAACAACACUGACAAAUGGCCACCACCACAUUUCUUCUCCAAAUGAACACCCCUCUUUCCCUUCUAGUUUUACUAAGUUUAACUCUGCACUCACUGCCGGUCUGCUAAACCCUAUGUCACCUCCACCACCUGAUCAUAAACCCCGGUCAAGCCCGACCCUUUUUGAAAUGAUGGCUAGUGAACCCGAAAUGCAACCCAGAACUAUAACCCAGAUGCCCAUUAACGCCAACAAUGGAAAUAUCAGCUUCAGAAACACCCAGAGCAGUCAAAUGUCGGUUCAAGAUAGGCAAGCUUUAAUCUUGCAACGUAUAACUGACAUUUUAGGAAACAGGAGUCCUGGCAAUCAGUUUAAUGAUUCGAAUUCUAGUGAUGUGAAGUUGACAUUGAGCUCUAAAGAUGGGAUUAGCGUUUCAAUGGAUGUGCAUAGGCAGAUCUUGGUGGGUCAUAGUCGGUUUUUUGCAGUGAAAUUAUCGGAUAAGUGGUCUAAUAAGCAACAAAGAAUGUCGACUCCUUACGUCGUCGAGAUUGCUGAUUGUGAUGAUGUUGAAGUUUAUAUUGAGACGUUGAGGUUAAUGUAUUGUAAGGAUCUGAGAAGGAAGCUUAUGAAAGAGGAUGUGUCUAGAGUUCUUGGUAUUUUAAAGGUUUCUGCAGCAAUUGGUUUUGAUGCUGGGGUUUUAUCUUGUUUGGAGUACUUAGAGGCUGCUCCAUGGGCUGAGGAUGAAGAAGAGAAGGUGGCUUCGCUGUUAUCGGAGCUUCGCCUUGAAGGGGUUGGAGCAGGCGAAGUUUUGAAGAGGGUUUCUGUUGAAGCUACUCAUGGAGCUGAUGAUAGUAGUGACAACGAAGAAGUGCUUCUCAAGCUUUUGCAUGUAGUUCUGGAAGGCAAAGACGAGAAAGCGAGGCGUGAGAUGAAAGGUUUAGUGUCAAAGAUGCUUCGCGAGAAUUCUUCUCAGAAUGACCUUCGGAAAGAGUCAUUGUACUUGGCAUGCAAUGGGUGUUUGCAAUUGCUUCAAGACCACUUUCUCCGUGCAGCCUCAGGGGAUUUGAAUGACGUUGGACAGAUUGCACGACAAGCAGAUAACUUGCAUUGGAUUUUGGAUAUUUUGAUUGAUAGACAGAUUGCUGAGGAAUUUUUGAAAACAUGGGCCUCUCAAUCUGAAUUAUCUGGUGUACAUUCUAAAAUUCCAGCUGUUCAUAGGUAUGAGGUUAGUAGAGUUACAGCUAGGCUGUUUGUUGGGAUCGGAAAGGGGCAGUUGUUGGCAUCAAAGGAAGCAAGAUGCUUGCUUCUACAGACAUGGUUGGUGCCGUUUUAUGAUGAUUUUGGUUGGAUGAGGAGGACAUCAAAAGGCCUUGAUCGACAUUUGAUCGAGGAUGGUCUGAGUAACACAAUUUUAACUCUCCCGCUUGCAUGGCAGCAGGAUAUUUUGCUUGCUUGGUUUGAUCGGUUUCUGAAUUCUGGUGAAGAUUGUCCUAAUAUACAAAGGGGAUUUGAGGUUUGGUGGAGGAGGGCAUUUUGGAGACGUAGUGGUGAGCAGGAAAGGACACGGCCAAUAAGAAUUACCACUGCAACCAUUGAGAACUCAUAAAGCUUCCACAAUGCACGAUGUGAUGGUGAAGAGGUGAUGGUUUCUUAUAGGUCAGUUGUGAUCAGUUUGGUCCUGACUGUUAUCAACGAUUCUCAUUCAUCUUCCUUUCUAAACCAGGACCAACAAUUCAUGUUGGAGUUAAAAUUGCAUAGAGGUGGAUGAUGUGUUUUGAAUCCUGAAAAUUACCCAGGUUUAAUCUGGAAGAAGAAUGAAAGAAUUUGCGUGCAACUUCCAUAAUUUAUUGGGAUUAAACAUAAAUAGAGAUUGCUUCUUUUGUUCAA